AGCUGUCUUAUGAUGCCUAGCCAAUGUCCGAAUCUACGUUAAAAAUAAUAAUAAUUGUGUAUGGUUGGGUUGAGAAUUGGGAUGUUUAAUGACAUCCUAAUUAAUUUAUCUUGAUUAUUUACUAUUUAUUCUAACGGGUAGUCUGUGCUACAAGACUCGCAAUAAUGUUAAACUAGUUCGUUGUGUGUAGUGUUUUGUCUCAAAUUAAUGGAGCUGAAGGUCUGGGUCGAGGGCAUACAAAGGAUCGUUUGUGGAGUAACUGAAACCACUACAUGUCAGGAUGUAGUCUUUGCACUGGCCCAUGCUACUGGUAAAGUAGGAAGGUUUACAUUAAUAGAAAGAUGGAGGAACAAUGAAAGACUGCUAGCUCCUCAGGAAUAUCCAUUGAAGAUAUUAAUGAAGUGGGGAGAAUAUUCUAAUGACAUUCAAUUUAUAUUGAGAAGAUCGGAUAGCGAUAACCAAAAAAAUUUACAGAAUAAUAGCAACACUAAACCAACACUAGGAAAUGUGCAUCAAAGCACACCCCAGUCAAAUGUACAAGACAAGCAGAGCUCACCAAAUAAAUUAAAUACGGGACCACUAAAUAAUGUAAAUACACCAUCUAAUAAUCCUGUGGGAGUAGUGAAAGGGGUUCAACAGGCUAAAACUCCAGAGCCAGAUAGCACAAUGAUUAAAGAUGUUCCGCCUUAUAGAGACCCACCUCCGCCAUACAGGUCACCCCCACCACUAACUCAGGGUCUACGGAAGUCUCCGAGCCAUUCAAGAACACAACCUAAUCACAUGUCGCCAGUAAACGUCCCUGAUGAUAUAGAGAGGAAUCCGGAAGCUGUCAGUUAUAAUAGUCAGUACAGGGAGCUCGUGUCACUUGUGAACUAUCAGAGGGAAAAACUGUCUACACAGCAAGUUGACUUAAUAAAGUAUGAUGCAGAAAUUGGGUUUUGGGAGAACAAGGGAAGAGAACAAGAGAGACAGGUUGAGCUGAUUCAACAGCAAAUAAGUUCUGCUGAUAAUCAGCUACGGAUAAGUACAGAACAGAUUCAAUCACUAAAUUAUGUGGAGGAAGAGAGUGAAAUCGUAAAACAAAAUGAGAAGACCUUGAAGUCGGAAGUAGUACUGUUGAGAUCAAAGCUGGCGAACUGUGAGACUGAACUGCUGCAGUGCAAGAACAAAAUACGGAAGCUGUUGGAAGAUAUACACAAUGAACAGAGGAUGAUCAGCUCUCGGCAACAAGAGAACAGACAAGCUUUGGAGAGGUCGAUGCUGGCUGAAAUGGAAAAUCUUCAGACACAGAUCCAGCAGGCGAAGCACGCCACAGAGAUCAACCACCUCACAGCAGAGAACUUGAAACGGGAGGUGGGUCUGCUAGAGACGGCCAUUAUGGAGAAGAAGCGUCAGGUUGAACGUUUAGUGCAGGAGAUGAAGGAAGCUAACCUGCAAAGCUUGACUGGAAGUAUGGAUGAGCUGAGACAUCCUUUAGAUGGCAUGUGUAAGUCAGGCAGUGCACGAAGGAUUAUCGGGUCACCGCGGCAGCUGGAGAACGCCGCUCCCACCAAUAAAAACCCGCACGGGGUGUGGGUGUAGUCAUCGGUCUUGUAUCAACCAAUCAGAAACCAGCGGUACAGCCACCGAUCUUGUAUGAACCAAUCAGCAACCAGAAGCACAGCCACCGAUCUUGUAUGAACCAAUCAGCAACCAGAAGCACAGCCACCGAUCUUAUAUGAACCAAUCAGCAACCAGCAGCACAGCCACCGAUCUUAUAUGAACCAAUCAGCAACCAGCAUCACAGAAGUGGCGAAAAUAAUGAAAUUUGACACUUACUGAAAUAUAAUAAUACAUAUUUUAUGUAUGACCAGGCCUGGCUCACUUCCCGUGUAGGUAUCGAUCGAAAUCGCCCGGCGGCCCCGACAGUGUGGCUAUUCAGAAGGGACUCACAAGCGAGCGGUGACGCACGCGCUAGCUUUGUUCGUCACCUUCUUCACGUAAAAAAGGUUGUGGCUCCAUCUACAGGAUCUACUUUACAGUUGAUAACAUUGUCAACCCCAAUAAUUGCACAUUAGAAAUUUGACUUGAGAUGUCGCUCAUUUAAUCUAAACAAUUUGUUAUUUUUUAAAGUGGGCCCCGCAUCGUACAUAAAUUUUGGUUACAAAUUUAAUUUGUACAAUUAAUCCUAGAAGGGUCAUAUCACUUUAAAAAAAUAAAAAAUAAUCAAUUGUUUGAGUUUUUGUAACGUAGUAAUAAUUUUGAAGAUCUAAGAAUUUUUUAUGGUAGUUAAAAUUUUGUAGCUUACCUACAAUAUGGUCUCAACUUAGAAUAAUAACGCUCAGAACGUGCCCAAGCGAAACGAAUAAUUUCAAUGUGGCCUUUUAAGGCUAAAUACGUUUCCCGCUGCCUCAGUAUCACGCUGUUAAGUUCUAUGACAAUCAGCGCGCGAAAUUGAAUUGAAAUAAUUGAAAAAUGACUCACAGUGCAGUGAAAGAGUGUCACAACGCAUCUCAUAAUAACCUAAGUACUAUUUCACAACUUAUAAUUUAAGCUAAUAAAUUCGUCAAAACGGCAAAAUAUUUUGUAAGCAAAACAGACGCCACUAAAAAAAUAUGUUGCCAGCUAUGAAAGUGCUAUUUACCCGGAGUUCCUCCGCUGUUUUUGUGUUUAUUGGUAGAUAUUGAUAUUACCAUAAUAUAUUCGAAAAAGUUGAGCUCAUGAGAAGAACAUACAAGAAACAAUAUUUUCCAUCAAAUAUAAUACAUUGACUGUAAUAUAUACAACAAAUUAGUUUGUAAGGUGCUUCAUCCAAUAUAUAAGUCGUGUUUAAAUAUUAUAAAUUAUUUCUUAAAAAGCAAUAACGAAUGAACAGUAUAAAUAUAAAUUAUCGUAUAUUGGAUGCAUCAACUGGAAACGCAUGGGGCAUUUAAAUGGUGACAUAGAGAUCUAACCACAAAGUCAGCCAUAUAUGAAACUAUUUGCAUUAUAUAUACUAGCUGCCCCGACAGACGUUGUUCUGUAGAUAGUAAAAAAACAACUGUUUUAUAUUUCAAAACAUCAAAAAUUAUUUCGUAAAUAUGCUCCCUGUUGUUAGAAUGAAAUUGUUUCACAGCGGAACUGUCAAACCGUGCGUCACUACAUUCUCUCAUAGAAAAUAUGUCCAUACAAAACAAAUAUUGAAAAUAAAAAUAUUUAUGGGUCCCAAAUCGAAAUAAAAACUACCCUAUCUCUUAAGCUAGACCAAACUGCACUCCAUGAAGUAAUUACCAUUAAAAUCCGUUCAUUAGUUUAGGAGUCCAUUGAGGACAAACAUUGUGACACGAGAUUUAUAUAUAUUAAGAUUUACAAGCUUGGUUAUAUAUAAUAUAACUGUCACUUUCAUUCUCAUUAGCAUCAUCAGUCCGUGAAGAUGGAGCAGAUGUAUUAAUAUUAUGCAGUAAAGAAGAACACAUAAAAAUACUGACGUUUCCUAGUGUUUCGUGUUAAAUAGCACAGAGUUUAAACGAUUUUAGUUCUAUGUGGCACAACAAUUUCCGAAAGAUGCCUUUUAGCUGUUUGGCUUUAAUACCCUAAUCAUUAUAACCACCACGCUAUACUUAUGUAUAGCUCAUAAACAUAUUUACGAUGCGGCCAUCUUGAAUUUAUAAAUAAAUCCCAAAAUUUGUUCUCUGCGCCCUCGAGAACCUCGGAUACGAUAUCAAUAUUGUUGACAUAAUAAUAUUGCGCGGCGGCCAUCUUGGAUUUCAAAAAUGAUCCCGAAUUCGUUCUCUGCACCCUCGAGAACUUCGGGUAGGAUAUCCAUAUUGUUUGAAAUAGUUAAAAAUAUGUUUUUUUUACAAUUUACAAUUGUAACAAGUUACACUUCAAAAAUUGUUGCAACAAAAUUUAUUCGUGCUGUUUUUAUUUAAUCCUAAAUUUAUAUUUUAUUUCUUCUUUCUUAUUACAUAUUAUAAUCUAGUAUUUGUCACAAUUGAAUGAUUUAGGGAAAUGUUUAUUCACUUGCAACAUUAUUCGGCUGUCUGUGUGCGUGUUGGCGAGUGUAAGUACGUGACGCUCACGCACACAUUAAUUUAAAUGUUACUUCUAUAUUGACAGGAACUAUGAAUGAAACUAUCGUUCUGAGCCUUAUUAUUCUAAGUGUCUCAAUUACAAGUUUACCAUUUAAUAGUGUAGAUUGUAACGGAUGUCUUGUGUAGUGGAAUAAUGAUUGGUUAUACAAACUAAAAUUUGAUGAUGACAUAAUCAGGACUUGUAAUACAUCUGCUAGUUGUGCCCCGCGGUUUCACUUGUAUUUUAUGACCAUAAUAGAUAGGUAGUGGAUUUUCUUCCAACGUACUUCACAUAUCAAUACCUGAGUUCCAAAGGAUAACAGUUUAGAAAACGGUUUUAAAAAAAAUUUCAAACAACCAUUCCGGGUUGUUACUGUAUGAAGAAAUAUUGGAAGUAAUAAAAUACUGCAUUCACUUAUCGACUUCUUUCUCUUUGGCAAUGAUGAGUUAGCGUUUAUUGAGCAAUUUCUCAUACUUAAUUGUUAAAUCAAAUCAAAACCACUUUUCAUGUAGGUUACGGAAAUGACACUUAUGAAUGUGAAAAAAAUAUUUUUCUUAUUGAAUUUACCACCACUUCGUAAAGGGCUGAGCUUAAUGAGAAGAAGUAGCAAGAUAAUCAUUACCACUCUUUUAAAUCAACAUACACAUUUUUAUUAUUACACACACACACUUUGGAGCUGAGGUGUCGAUAUAUUUUACUUCUACUAUUCUUCUUCUAGCUUCAGUAAUAAUUAUCAAAAAAAAAAACAUACAAAAAUUAAUUAUUCAAAUCUGUCACGUAGAUCAAGAGAUUGGUGUGUUCAAACAAAUGGGAGAACUUCGGCUUUGCUAAAAAUUAGUACAGAAUCUUCACGUCCUUAGACCUAUAAUUUUUAGGUCAUUUGUCAAGUAAAUUAAGAUUUUACUACAAUAUUUAUAUACCCAUUGGUAGAUAAUAAGAAAAACUUUAAAAUUUAAUAAAUCUUACUUAUCUCCACUCUUAUCCUUAACGAUCUUUACAUAAGUUCACGAUAUAUGAUUGCUUUUUGCUUAAACGCUUCAUACAUAUCUGUUGGUCAGGAAUUAGAUCAGCUCCUAACCAGUACCGACUUACCUAGUAGCUACCCUCCAUAUUUCUUUAAUCCUUCCAAAUUCACUGUAUGCUUGCGCAAGUUAUCCUACACGCCAAUGAUUUAUGUCAUCGCUGGCAACGAGUUUUUGACAUUUUUGCGAUAUAUUUCAGAAACUUUAUUUAUCUCAAAAAUAAUAAUAAAUAAAUGCUAUAUAACUUAAAACAAAUAACAUAUUAUACAGUCUUAAGUCAGACUACGCCUGCUUAAAGGAUAAAUUUAAUUUCAACCAAACGAUAAAAUGAUAUUUUUUUAUGGUAAUGGAGGACAAACGAGCGUACGUCACCUGGUGUUAAGUGAUCACCGCCGCCUCUUUCUCUUGCAACACCAGAGGAAUCCAUUAAUUAAUUUCAGUCGCGAUCCAUUUACUAAAAAAACGCGUUCACCUUCCUUAAAGGCCAGCAACGCUCUUGUGAUUACUCUGGUGUUGCAACAGAAAGUGGGCGGUGGUGAUAACUUAACACCACGUGACCCAUACGCUCGUUUGUCCUCCUAUUCCAUAAAAAAAACGAACCUGCUCCUCUAGGGAUACGUCCCACCGUUCUUACCACCAAGCCAACCGUCCAGAUGGCACACACCAAAAUCUUGGUAUGUUUGUCCAAUGCACUAGCAAAGUCCUUUAUGAUUAUGUCAUCCAUCUUGGAUGAUGAACAAAACUUUUAGCUUUUGAUAAUUUAUACGUCUAGAUAGUCCCUUGCUGUUAGACAGCCGAUAAAAACAGGCCAGGAAUAUUAGUUUAGAGUGCGUGACAAGCUACAUCUUACACUCGCGAUUUGUAUGACACUGUGUGUUUGUGUGCGUGAAUAGCUCCAAGUAGAGAUCAACUCUCAACUUAAUUUUUUUUCGACGUUUUCACAGCUGUUAUAAUCUAUCUAGACGUAUUAAUGAUCUAAGCUUUUUAGCCGAUGGUAACGUGUGUUUGAGUGAUUCGUAUUAUUUAUUUUACGUUAUUAAUGUGUUCAAAUUGUGUGUCAUACCUAAAUAAUGUCACAAACUAUAUUAGGAUAAGAUUUUUACAAUAGUGUUUUAAAUUUUUUCAAAGUAUUAAUUCUUGCCUUUGUUUUUCUAAAUAUGUGGCUAGCCUACGUGCGGUCAACCGCUAGUAUGAAUAGGGCCUUAGAUAAAUCAGGAUCACAUUCUAGUGUUUGCUUGUAAAGUUGUCAUCCACGCCAUGGAAGUACUUUCGAAGGUAAAACAUUUACUAUCUUCGAAAAAAAUUUUUGUUAUGAUUUUUCGUAGAAAAAAAAUAUUGGACUUUGACUGUGAAAAAUUUUGAAGCCAUUCUAUUAUUACUUUAUUUCAAAUAUGUUUUUUAUUACUUACUUACUUAUUCAAAUAGGUUUUUUAACGGUACUCAGUCAAAUUAUUUGUGGACCUGACGCCGAUGACGUCACAUCGUCGCUUUGUUACGGUGUGCAAAACAAGUAUCACUUGGAUUUAUUUAUGAAGGUGUUGUGAGUAUGAUUAUUAUUAUAAUUAUGAAAAAAUCUGGACUAAGUACAAAAAGUAAGUUAACCUAUUAAUUUUUCUGACAGUAUUAUUAUAGCGACACAGAACAACAGAAACUACAAAACAAUAAACAACAAGAGCUAAAACGUUACAAUAAAAUCUUUCUCCAAUAAAUUCUGCACUAAGCAGCUAUAGCACGAAAAUGUCACAUAUAAAAAACAAUACCUAGUGAAACUACAAACCGUAGUGACGCAAAAUGACGAGCGCGGGGGUGGUGAAAGGGGAACAGGAGGGGGUUUUACGUUCCAGCGAAGUCCAAUUAUAAUCAGUUUUAGUAUGAGGCCUUGCCUCUGACCUCUACUAUAUACCACUGGACUGGCGACUGUCAAAUUGCUUUUGUGCCUGUUUGAUAUGCGCCAUUUUGGCGCUGUUGGCCAUGUAGCGAGAGUCUGCGGUACUAAAACAAAUGACAACCUCAGCUAAACAAACAUCGAUAGAUUGUGGGAAACUAUUUACAAUAAAAAAUGUGUACUUUAUUAUGAUGAUUCUUGAAGUAUAAAUAACAAGGAAAUCGAACGAAAUUAAUUCAAAUUGCAGAAUACUUCAGAGUAUUGUACGUUCCUUUGCAGCCUUUUGUAUUAUACGUCAAAACUAGUUCUCUGGACGCUCGCGAGUGGCGCGCACAAAAAAAUUUGCUGUCAAACAUAUUGAACAGCCUGUCCAGUUGUAUUUACACAGGUCAGUGGGCCUCGCGCACGCUAAUCACGAUCUUUUUAAUAAGAGACAUAUUUAUUCGGAAACUCUUAUUUUUUACCAUUUCCGAAUUCUAUGGUGUGGAUUGUAUAAGUUGAGUUACAAACGAGUGUAAUUAUUAUGAAAGAAAUGAAAAGUUUUAGGUUAUGUUUCAUGUUGAUUAAAGAACGCAGGUAUUCAAUAUAAUUAAUUGUAAGUUGUGUUGUGUGUACAUAAUUUUAUGUGCCAUCAGCAAUAUGUAUUGUAAAAAAAAUAUGAUUAAAAGGCCUACAAUAAUAUACAUGUUUAAAUCUAGUCCAGAAUGUACGCCAUUGCAAUAUUCACAAAUGAUAAUUUGGUUGUUUACAACCAACAAGUUUCCUGUAAACAAAAUACCUAAUGGUAAUAAAUAGCUUAUAAUAAUUAUGUUCAUUUACUAUAUUUACUUAGAUUUCGAGUGUUUAAAUAUAACCAAAUGUAUUCAUAUUAUAUUUUUUCGGAAUAUUCUAGGUACUUAGUUUAAUUUUAUAUAUUUUCUGUAUGGUUGCUAUUAGAUAGAGAACUUGUGUAUUAUAUUUUAGAAGAGAAUAAAUAUAUAGAUGUGUCUUGAA